AACCUGUGAUUUGUAUUAUGCCCGUUGGUAUUUUAUUGUGGUAGUAUGUAUUAAUGGGGUGUUGUGUCAAAUGCAGUAACUUUCGAGUUACGUAUAAGUGACUGUUACCGUGAUUAUUGCUUUUUCUUAUGUAUAAUUUAGCAAUGCCGGCAGUGUUAGUUUCCAUUGAAGUUGAAAACUUCAAAUCCUACAAGGGAAAUGUAACUAUUGGCCCCUUAAAGUCUUUCACUGCAGUAAUCGGACCAAAUGGCUCUGGAAAAUCCAAUUUUAUGGAUGCUGUCAGUUUUGUUAUGGGCGAGAAAACAUCCAGUUUACGAGUGAAGAGACUGAGUGAUCUCAUUCAUGGUGCAUCGAUUGGUCAGCCUGUAUCUCGAACCGCAUCCGUGACGGCAGUAUUUGAGCUGGGAGAUGGAACAUUGAAAAGGUUUACCAGAGUAGUACAGGGAUCAUCUUCUGAACACCGAAUUAAUGGAGAGGCUGUAACAAGUCAAGUGUAUCUUCAGGAUCUGGAGAAACUGGGCAUUAAUGCGAAGGCCAAGAAUUUCUUGGUAUUUCAAGGAGCAGUGGAGUCAAUUGCCAUGAAGAAUCCUAAAGAAAGAACAGCUCUGUUUGAAGAAAUCAGUGGGUCAGGUGUUCUGAAGGAUGAAUAUGAACGGCUUCGUUCUGAGAUGCUGAAAGCGGAGGAGGAGACGCAGUUCACCUAUCAGAAGAAGAAAGGCAUCGCUGCUGAGCGAAAGGAAGCGAAGCUGGAGAAAGAGGAGGCCGAGAAGUACCAGAGACUGAAGGAGGAUUUGUCAGAUAAGCAGGUGGAGCUUCAGUUAUUCAGACUCUAUCACAACGAGAAAGAUAUCGAGCAUCACGAGCAGGAUCUGGAGAGGAAGCAACACGAACAGAAGAAGGUGGAGAAACGGAAAGAAAAAGCAGAGGAACAGCUGAAAGAGAAGAAGAAAGAAUGUGGCAAACUUGGUCGAGAAUUAGCCAAAGUGGAGCAAGAUAUACGGGAAUUGGAAGUGGAGAUCAAUAAAAAGCGUCCAGCAUUCAUCAAGUCAAAGGAACGUGUUGCACAUAUCCAGAAGAAAUUAGACUCGGCACGAAAGUCUCUAGCACAAGCAAAGAAGGCGGAUGCAGCUCAUGAGCAGGAUAUUCGUGAAUUGGAGGAUGAGCUUGCAGAAGUGGACAAAAAGAGGAAGGAGUAUGAAGAUAUGGUUGCUGGGGAGUCCCAGAGUCAGGGAAAGGACGUGCAUCUGGAAGAUGCCCAGGUUGCGGAGUACCACCGGCUGAAGGAGGAAGCCGGAAAACAGUCGGCCAUGUACUUGCAACAGCUGGACUCAGUGAAUCGAGAGCAGAAGUCUGACCAAGACCGUCUGGAUAAUGAGUUCAGGAAGAAAGCUGAAUUGGAGAACCGGCUGCGACAAAAGGGUCAUGAGAAAGAUGAAGCUAUGAAGCGUAUUGAGAAACUAGCUGAACACAUCAAGAGUAGUGAGACAGCUCUAGAAGAGCAGCGACGUAUGCGUGAGGAACUGCAGUCGGAUGUUGGAAUGUCAAAGGAAAGAGUACAAGAGUUGCAGCGAGAGCUGGAAAGUGUUGUUGAGCAGUUGGGCGAUGCCAGAGUUGACAAACACGAGGACUCUCGUCGUAAGAAGAAGCAGGAAAUUGUUGAGAACUUCAAACGAUUGUAUCCUGGUGUGUUUGACCGUAUGAUCAACAUGUGCCAGCCCAUCCACAAGAGGUACAAUGUUGCCAUCACAAAGGUGCUUGGCAAGUAUAUGGAAGCGAUUGUUGUGGACACUGAGAAGACGGCCCGUCAGUGCAUCCAGUAUCUCAAGGAACAGAUGUUGGAGCCGGAGACCUUCCUUCCUCUUGAUUAUAUUCAGGCCAAGCCACUUAAAGAAAGACUACGGAGCAUCAAAGAGCCUCGUAAUGUGAAGCUGCUUUUUGAUGUGCUGCACUAUGAUCCACUGGAUAUUAAACGAGCCGUUUUGUUUGCCACAAACAAUGCCCUUGUUUGUGAAACUCCUGAGGAUGCCAUGAAAGUUGCAUAUGAAAUGGAUAAGAACAGAUAUGAUGCAGUGGCUCUUGAUGGCACAUUUUACCAGAAAUCUGGAAUUAUCUCUGGUGGCAGCUUGGAUUUGGCUCGCAAAGCAAAGCGGUGGGAUGAGAAGCACAUGUCCCAGCUGAAGGCUACUAAGGAAAAACUGACAGAGGAACUCAGGGAUUCCAUGAAGAGGUCACGCAAGGAAUCAGAACUGAAUACAGUGGACUCUCAGAUUCGAGGUCUUGAAACCCGCCUUAAGUACUCCAAGACUGACAAAGAGAAAACUCUCCAACAAAUCCAGCAGCUGGAAUUAGAGCUGGAUGCACUGAAGAACAAAUCUGAAAAUUUUGGGCCUACCAUUGCAGAAAUUGAGAAGACCAUGUUUGACCGAGGCAAUGAGAUUCAGCGAAUCAAGGAGAGCAUGAACAAUGUUGAAGACAAAGUGUUUACUAGCUUUUGUGAACAAAUUGGUGUAGCCAACAUUCGUCAAUAUGAAGAGAGAGAACUCAGAACUCAGCAAGAACGCAUGAAGAAAAGGAUGGAGUUUGAAAAUCAAAGAAAUCGCAUAUUGAAUCAGCUGGAAUUUGAGAAGACCCGAGAUACUUCAAACAAUGUUUUGCGCUGGGAGCGGGCAGUGCAAGAUGACGAGGAUGAACUUGAGACGGCCAAACAGUCAGAACAAAAACAGAUGGCAGAUAUUGAACGGGACAUGCGCCGACUAGACGUUCUCAAAUCAGAACGUCUGGCUAAAAAAUCAGAAGUUGACAACAUGGAAGAUCUGAUAGGCAAGGCACGACGUGAAGUUGGUGCAAUAGCCAAAGAUAUUCAAGCUGCACAAAAGCAGGUGGCAGCACUGGAGGCAAAAAUUGAACAGAAGCGAGGAGAACGUCAUGCCAUCCUCAAACAGUGCAAAAUGGAGGAUAUUGCCAUCCCCAUGCAACGUGGUAAUAUGGAAGACAUUGCGCAAGAGACGUCAGCAAUGGAAACAUCAGAAACAUCUUCUAUGGAGACAAGUUCGACCAGCACUCAACAAAUAUAUGAUCGUGAGAGCAGGAUUGUGAUUGAUUACACGCAGUUACCUGAUAAUUUGAAAGAACUGGAUGAACCUGAGGACGUGAAGAAGAUGGGAGAUCGUUUGAACCGUGCAAUUGCAGAAUUGCAAAACACGAUUCAACGUAUUCAGGCUCCCAACAUGAGAGCAAUGCAGAAACUGGAUAUGGCAAGAGAGAAACUGCAAGAAACCAAUGAGGAAUUUGAAACUGCACGUCGCCAUGCCCGCAAAGCGAAACAGAAUUUUGAACGGGUUAAGAAAGAAAGACAUGAUCGUUUCAUGAAUUGCUUUGAACAUGUUGCCAAUGAGAUUGACAACAUUUACAAGAGUCUUGCCAAGAAUCAGUCUGCACAAGCAUUUUUGGGUCCAGAGAACCCUGAGGAGCCAUAUCUGGAUGGAAUCAAUUACAACUGCGUUGCACCAGGCAAGAGGUUCCAGCCAAUGUCUAACUUGUCAGGAGGAGAGAAGACCGUCGCAGCACUCGCUCUUCUGUUUGCAAUCCACAGCUACCAGCCAUCUCCAUUCUUUGUGCUGGAUGAAAUUGAUGCAGCAUUGGACAACACCAACAUCGGUAAAGUGGCGAGCUACAUCCGUGACAAAACAGCAUCACUGCAGACCAUAGUGAUAUCAUUGAAAGAAGAGUUCUACAGCCAUGCUGAUGCCCUUAUAGGCAUUUGCCCUGAUGUUGGAGAGUGUUUAAUCAGUAAGGUCCUGACCCUUGAUCUUACCCAGUUCCAGUCACAUAUGGAAGCUGCUAAGUAACAAUGUUGUUUAUGUGCAUACAUGUAGAACUUGUACUUGAUAAAAGUGGAGAACAGUCUUUGAAA